CGCUUUUGUAAGCGGAAUCAAGAGGAUAUGGAGACAUGAUGCACUUGUUCUUGUAGGAUAGCUUCUAACGUUACAAGGUUUUCAUCACCUUGCAAUCACCGUACUUGAAGAUGCGUCAAAACUGAAUUAUGAAAGCUAAAAGAAGCUGUUGCCAGCAGCUGCCAUCAAGAAUCAAGCCGUCCUCACGUGGCAUUUUGAUCUGCUAUGGCUUGUUGCUCCAAGGUGACAACGGACGGCGACCUGCUGCGUACCAAGUAGUUUAGGGGGAAACCCGUGGGGUAUUUUGGGCAAUGGGAGCAGAGGACGAUUCUCGUCUGGCUGGUGGCAUGUAGCUCUUCGCCCAGUACACGACUUGGCACAAAGAACAUAUGAAAUACAACGCUUAAAUAAUAAAAAGCUUCCACGGCUGUGGCUCCCCCGGAGAGAUCGGUGUGCCCAGCGAUCUGGUUUGACUCUGCUGCUGACACGUCAUGAUGCGAUCAUUUGCAAAAAGCCGAACAUUUCGUUCGAGGCUCCGAUGUUAAACUCCAUUUUAUUUUUUAGGUUUAUUUUUGACGCUUUAGCACAAGGAAAAAAAAAAUACGACGAAACGAUUGACGAAAAACAAGCGCACACAGAAGAAAAGAAAAAAGCAGCGUUGCAACAUUUAAACUCGAGGAUUGCUGCUUUCCCCCAAAGUUCUUUGUAAACGCGACUUCCUCUACCCAGUUCCCCAAAAGGACUUUCUACUGCCAUGGCGGACGUUCCUCCUCCUGACCAGGUGAAGGAUGUUUCCUCAGUGUCAUCCUUCAUCUCGGCCGUAAUCUUCAACAGUGCAGUCGCUUUGGCAUUCUACACUGCCUUCAUCGUGCUGAGAGGGAGAUAUCCUCUCGUAUAUGCCCCGAGAACGUUUCUUGUUCCAGAAAAGAAUCGAUCACCCCCGUUAGAACGCUGGUACAGCUGGUUAACACUUCACUCAAGAAGCGAUGAUGAUGCUAUAAUCAACCGAAUUGGUCCUGAUAAUUGGGCCGUUAUAUUCUAUAUGCGCCAACUUCUACGAGUGUUUUUUGUCAUUGCCCUCGUUGGAGCCAUUAUCUUGUUCCCGGUAUAUAUAACGGGCAAUGCCGGAAACCCGGGUUUGAACAAAAUGACAAUUGGAAAUGUGGGAGACGACCAAACAGCCAGAUUAUGGGGAACUCUCUUUCUUACGUGGGCAUUUAUCGCCAUUAUCCUGUACAUCAUCUUCAAACUCUUAAAUAAAGCUGCCGAACUUCGACACAAAUUCUUGCUUAGCCCGGAAAAUCGGGCAUCCUUGUCCGGUUACACUCUCUUGGUUCGUGACAUACCUCGAUCGCUUCGCGAUCCUGUGGUCCUUCGGAAGCUCUUGGAACGGAUUCAACCAAACAAAGUCCUCGAUGUCAUCCUCACUCGGGAUGUAAGGGAGCUGAGCAAGCUACACAACAAGCACGUUGGAGAACGAGACAGUCUAGAAAAAGCCUCGACAACGUACAUCAAAACCGUCUGCGUCAAUUAUGCAAAGCACAUUGCCAGUUUGAAGAAAGAUGGGCAAUCUGUGGACUUGGAGGAAGGUGGCGAGCACGCGAUCCCGCCUGAAAUUUAUAAUAUGCGCCCUACGCAUAAGAAGAUGAUUGUCUUUGGGGAAAAAGUUGACUCGAUUUCAGAGUAUAUAAGGGAAAUGCGUGAGCUGGAAACGCAGCUCAAGGAAAAGCGUUCGGUAGCCUACACAGGAUCCGACAAGUUCGAAUCUGCUGCCUUUAUUGUCUUCUCAGACUUGUUUGCUCCGCACGUCGCAGCAUUGGCCAACAUCCACGGUACUCCUGGAGUCAUGGACGACAAGCAAGCUUGCGUCGAUCCCAAUGAUAUCAUCUGGGACAAUCUGCAGAUGCCGUUUUAUCAGCGUCAAGUUCGAGGCCUGAUAGCUUUACUGGUCUGUGUUGCUCUCGUGAUUUUCUGGGGUGUCAUCACUGCCUUCUUGGCUGGUAUUGCCAGUUUGGACCAGUUGACGAAAACAUUCCCUUUCCUCGGUUUCUUCAAUGACCUUCCUGCUUCCGUCAAGGGUAUCAUUCAGGGUAUACUCCCCACUGUUCUGGUCGCCAUUCUCUUCUCCUUUCUACCCAUGAUUUUGCGCCUUUUGUCCAAGUUUGCUGGUGAAAUGACCAACACAGCCGUUGAAAAGACAUUGAUCAACCAAUACUAUGCUUUUCUCGUUUUCAACGUGCUAUUGAUCGUCACGAUUUCUGGGUCCAUUUUCCAGACGAUACAAACCAUCAUCGAUAAUCCGACAGCAGUCUUUGAGAUCCUGGCCCGCAGUAUCCCCGGCGUUUCAACCUUCUUCGUCAACUACGUAAUUCUCUUGGCCCUUUCUGGUCCAGCUGGUGAAUUGCUCCAGAUUGCGAACCUGAUUUUGAAGCCAUUGAAGCUAAGGUUUCUCGCGAGUACUCCUCGGGCCAUUUGGAGGCAAUCCCAACCACUGGUGUACUUAUCGGGCGUCCCCAUGGCGAGCCAUUCCUUCAUUGCGACUGUUGGAGUGACGUACAUGACAAUCGCGCCGCUCGUUUCCAUAAUGUGUUUGAUGUACUUUGGGUUUUGGUAUCUCGCUUACAUGUACCAGAUGCAAUAUGUUUACACGACGAAAAAUCAAACAGGCGGCCUCUAUCUCUACGCUGCUGCGAAGCAACUGUUUGUGGCAUUGUAUAUUCAUGAACUUGUCAUUGCCGGUCUCUUCUUGCUUAAGACCGCAUGGGUUCAGGCGGGUUUAGCCUUUUUGGCCUUGGCAGUCACCGUCGCAUUCCACCGGUACGCCGACAUGUUUGGAAAGCUAAUGGUGUCUGUUCCUGCCAAAGCAGCCGUCGAUGAGUCCUCCAACCGUCAUCUCACAAUAAACACGGAUGUUGCAAAAGAACUCGUUAGCAACCAGGCAUGGAAGGAGGAAGUCGAAGGCACAAAUACUCUCCACGGGAAAGAAAGCCGAGCCAACCUCGUCGAUGCCGACAACGAAGCAUGGGCGGACCGCAACACUGUUAGCGAGAGAGAUCUUGGCAAGGACACGACUGCUGAAAAGAAUGCUCAAACAAACUCGUCAGAGGAACCUGAAAAGUAUGAGGGUCCUGACGACUACGAGAAGCAGUUCCUGCACCCUGCCUUGCGUCCAGACCCCUUGACGGUAUGGAUCCCCAGCGAUCCUCUUCAAGUUCAUCAGAAGGUUAAGGAGGAAGUGGAAAGCGGGUGUGAAGCUAAAGUUAUCUGGGAAGGUGCUGUUAUUGAUCUCACGGGGAAGAUAACUGUAACAACGGAAGUCAUUGCUAGGGGAACGGAGCCGUGAACUAAUGAUCUGUAAUUAAAUAUCAGUUUUUGGAGCAUGUAUAAAUAAAGAGGCUCUGCUGGUUGGAAGCAAGGAGUUAUCGCCAACACAUUUCUGCCAGG